AUGCACACCUUUAUCUUGAUUCAAGGAUUUAAAGGUGGGGUUCUGAAUGCCUGCCGAUUGAAGAAUGAGCGGACGUCUCAGCCAUGCCUUGUAGUGGUUAAGGAAAUUUUGGUCAAAACUCAGCAAAAAGUUGGGUACCAGUUAUUUGCUUGCAUUGUAGUGGUUCUGAUUCAUGAUGCCGAGGCAUAUACGUACGACGAAGAGGUGAUUAAGAAAGCUGAAUCAAUGGGUAAACCAGGCCUUGUAGAAAUCCGUGCGAAGGAAGAUAGUUUUAUUUUUACUGUUGAGUCAACCGGUGCUAUUAAAGCUUCUCAAUUGCUUCUCAAUGCAAUAGACGUGCUGAAGCAGAAGUUGGAUGCAGUUCGCUUGUCGGCUGAUACUGUGGAAGCCGAUGAACAGUUUGGAGAAUUGGGUGCACACAUGCGCGGAGGAUGA